CUCCCACGACGGUGGCCAUAGUUUAGUCACUGCAGUACAAGCUCCCACUUGGGGGCGAGGACGAGGAGGCGGGUGCCGCUCCUGUGGCCUCGCCAUGUGCUCUCUCCCCCCCGUCCUCGGCUCCUCCUCCCUCCCUCCCUCCCUCCCUCCUCGGUAUCUACAUGACAUUAUGCCAAGAUCUCCCUCUCUGAUCUGACCAGGGCCGGGCCACCGCUGCCAUUUGCGUCUGCUCCUCGCAAACCCCUGUCUCGCUUUGCACUUCGUUUCGCCAACUAUAAAGCCGGGGGUCCUCUGGUGUGUGACCUUUUUAUACCGAUGUGCAGUGCAGCGUCAACUUCGUCAGGUUUCUUGGCUCCAACAACCUUCGUUCCUGGGUCACUCUAAACUGUAAAGAUGGGGUGUGGUCCAUCAAUCCCCGAGAAGUACAGCAUACGAGGGAAGAGUGGCAAGCGCCGGAGCAUCAUACAGGAGGUUGCUGUGUUCGUGCCCACCAUCCGCAUACCGUUGGCUUCUGACAUAGCUCAUCCGCUCAGGGGAAUAGUUUCCAAGGAUCUCGUCGAUCGCCUCUCCACACUCCGUGCUCAUGUCGUCGCGCUGGCUGAAGAAAUCUAUUCUGCGGACGUAUCAGCUGUUCAAGAACUGCAACAUGCGUUAGAGGAGUACUUGCCAGUUGUUCUUGGUUUAACAAUGAAAGAGAGCCGUCUUGAAUCGUCAGUACAAUUCACCUGGAAGACCUUAGACGAUGACCAGGAGUGUUGUUUGGCGAGUGCAUGGUACGAGGUGCUCUCAGUGGUCCACAUGAUGGCCAUGCUUGCAUUGUUUGAGGCCAAUCUAUUACUCAUUCCAAAGAACAGUCAAGUUGGUGGUGAAAGGAAGGUAUCAGAAGAUGCAAAGAAGGAUGUUGUCGAUUCAUUGCUCAGGGCAUCGGGAUGCUUAGACUAUUUGGUGCAUCGCAUACUUGUUCAAAUACCUGCACAAGUCAAGAAGAGUUUUCCUUGUUACUUGCAGGAGGGUAUGCUUGAGGCCAUCUCAAUUCAGGCAUUGGCUCAGUGUGUGGAAAUACAGCUUGGCCUGGCUUCUGAAUGUGAAAAGGCAACAUUGUCAGUAAAGAGGAGGCUAGCCUGUGAGCAAGUCAGUUAUUUUUCUCAGGCUCACUAUUGUCUGUCGGGAUGCGAUACAAGUGACUCAUAUGGAAAGAAGCUUCUGCUGUUCCUGAAGUGGAAAUGCAUGGAGGCUAAGGCUGUAGCAUAUUACUACCAUGGUCUCGUACUCGACAAGGGCGGUGAACCGGCCAACCAUAUCAGUGCAGUCUGCUGCCUCUCUGCAGCUGACGACCUACUUUCAGACAGCAAAAGGGCUUGCUUGAGUUUCUGCUUGGCAAAUCCUGUCACAAGGGUACCUCCUCCUUGGGGUGUCAUGAAAAACAUGCACAAAAAAAUCCCAGAUGUUGCUUACAAGAAGUUUCAAGUGUAUGGGCAUCUGUUUGAGCAAAAUAAGAAUAGCACACUUCAAUCAGUUCCUGAUCUACCAGAGUUUGCGCUGUCACUGAGACCGGAAGGAUACGAAUUGCCAACCACUGAUUCAAUCUGGGAGAAUGUUAAUGGCCAACCUCAGAUUCAGAGCCUCAAGGAGCAUCUGGACGAUGGCGAAGAUGAAGUAGAUACAAAAUGAUAGUUCUCACUUCCAAAUGCUUCCUUUCAUUGUACCACCAAAAGUAGCAGAAGUUAUACUGUAGACUUCAAAAUGCUUAAUCCAAAAUGUUUUGGAUUCAGCAUAUGCCACAACUGCAUCUGUAUAAUUGCAAGCAUUACCAUGUGAUAUAGUAAAGUCUUGAUGUGUAAUAGAAUCAUAAAUAAUAGGAAAUAAUAGUUGGUUUCUUACUGUAA